AUGUCGUUCUCUGCGGAGUCGCUACGCAAUCGACGUAAGGCAGCGCCUGCGUCCUUGGACGUGAAGAAUACUGCACAAUUCUAUCCAGCAUGGACUGUGGUGAAAAAGCGUCAAUCGGAGUCGACAGACUUUGCCGAUACCGAUUUCGAAUAUGGCUCCUCAGACGAAGAGUCUCCUCGCAUGAGUAUGGGCUCAUUUGGUCGUGAUAGUAGCUCUUCCCUUUCCACACCAGAGCUACCUACGCCUGACCAGGCCCCAAACGAGCCUUUCAGCUUCCAGCUUGACAAACGAAUCAAGGGACCUUCCGGACCGCACCUCUUCAGGUCAUCUAUUGCUUCUUAUGGCUCUGCGCCAUCGACUGCCGAGAUUGAUGUCUACUUUGAGAGAUCACCUGUGCAGUCUCAACUCGCCCAGGCCCCAUAUUCUGGGACACAGUUUUCUGAAACACCAGUUACUCAGUCCCAGUACCAAUUCUCUCCUUGCACUCCCAAGGCCUUCGCAACCGUGCACCCAGACGUUUCGCAGGUGGAGGAGAGUGAAAUCCGAGGCUGGAUGCCCACCCAGGUAGCACACUGGAUGCAUAUCGCCGGAUAUGAUGACUACGUUAUUGAGAAGUUUAUGGUCAACGACAUCACCGGCUCUGUUCUGCUAAGUCUCCAAAUCGAUGAUCUCAAGGAACUCGGAAUCAAAUCAUUUGGCAAACGUCAUCAGUUAAUGUCAUCCAUUAACCAUUUACGCACGACUAUGCGGAAAACCCCAGACCUAGAACUACCUAUCGACCAUAGGCGCUCGUAUGCAGUGUCCGUAUCUCCGACGGGAGAAGUGCUUUCCAGGGAAGCCGUUGGCCUGGACGGUAGUCGGCAGGUUGUGGCAGGGGAAGCUGUCUCCAUUGUCGGUAUUGAGCAGGUUCUUCCUAAGCCCCAUAAGUGCUCCAAGGGAGAAAACUGUCCCAAGUAUAGAAAGCGCCAGCGCCAGCUGGAGAAGCUCGCUGCGGAAUUCCCUGACGCUGUUCUCCUGCCAGGAGGUUCAAUGCUCACAGGAAAUCCUGGAAACCCAGACACGGCAAAGAACCUCCUGCGUCCUACAUCCGAUGCUGGGCCUUCGAUCGUCGCUUCGUCAGACAUCUUUGGGCCAGCCCAAGAGACUCCUAGACUCUGUGAAGAAGCGCUAAACGAGGUUCAGAAACUCGAUCCACAGGAAAGUAUUAGGCAAUUUCUAAAUUACCAGCACGUGGAGUCGUGCGACCCUGGAUCUGAACUAGCACCAGAGCCAGCCCCAGAUCCCGAACAGCCCGCAGAACCCGUCCCUGCGCUGACUCCCCCAACUUCUCACACAAACAACAUGGCUGCUAAUCUUCGUAACCUACCCAAGUUGAAGAUUCCUACUGACUAUGACUCGGAUGAGCUUACGACAGCUGUUACAACCCAGCGAACGAUCACUCCGUCCGUGGCAACCCAGACGUAUGGUUCCCCGACCGUAAUCCAACAGUAUGGUCCGUUCAGUUCUAUGAGAACUAUGGACCAUUAUCGUCGAGGCACACCUUUUUCCGAGAUGGAUGCCCCAAUCACUGCACUCCCUAGUGAUCCUGUGGGCCGUGAUGUCUCUCAGUCCGUUCCGCCAGAUAUGCGCUAUGGAAACCUCAUGCAACUUCGCCAGCAAAGGCAUGCACCACGUAGCGCCUUCUUACGCCCUCAACCUAGCCCACCGCAACAUCGUGCUCAGGGAAGGCCACUCACCCCUAUCGAGGAUCCCGAAGAUUUAAGGAAGAGAAGCCCACGUAUAGGAUUCCACAACCCCAGCUCCUCAGAUACCUCUCUCUCCUCGGACCCAGAUGUGACCAAAAGUGGGUAUAUGAAAAAGCGGAAACAGGCUCGAUUCCUUCGUCAUGAAUGGCAAGAUGCGCACUUUACCUUGCGUGGAACUAAUUUGGCUAUGCACAAGGAUGAGCUUGCUGCCAUUCGCAACUCCCAGGCUCUGGAUUCGAUCGACGUCGAUGAUUUCGCCGUUGCUUGCUCAUCACUAGCUACAAGCUCCAAAUUGACCGCCGCAUUCAAACGGUCAGUCCUACGCAGCGGGAACAACAUCAGCAAAGAUAAUGCAGCCUUCGCCUUUUCCCUGAUUCCUUCGACAAAGGAAAAUGAGAAAAAGGCAUUGUUUGGGAAUAGUAAUGUUAAGAGCCAUCAUUUUGCGGUCAAAACUCGAGAUGAACGCAUUGACUGGAUGCGAGAGCUGAUGCUUGCCAAGGCCCUCAAGAAGGGUAAAGAAGGAGGUGCCUCGAUGCAAGUAAAUGGGAAUUUCAUCUAA